CAAAAAUAACAUUGGAUAUAUGUGCGUACCCUUCUCUCGACGGUGGUGAAAGGUUGGGAGAAAUGGCGGAACUAGAAAGCAAGCCGGUGUUGGUGAAGAAUUCAUCCACCAACAGUUGUGAAAAAUCAGGCCGGCGUGUUGCCUUUGAAAUUCCCUUUGGAAAUAAUCAUCGAAGCCAUUCUCCCGACCACAACCAUAAUAUUGAAACCUCCGUCGAGGAAUUUGAUACAGGACAUUAUCAUCCAUGUUAUGUGGCGUGUUGUGCAUGGUCAUGUCUUGCCGUGUUCAUAUUUGUCGUAAUUUUUCUCUUUUUUGGGAUAUCAUAUUUGGCUUUCCUCAAAUCAGGAAUGCCAAAAGUCAAUGUUAGAGCAUUCAACGUUAGCAAAUUUCAAGUUAAUUAUAACUCACAGAAAAUGGAUGCAAUUGUAAAUUUAGGUUUAAGAUUCUCAAAUAAUAAUGAAGAGCUCAAACUUUUAUAUGGUCCUCUUUUUGUGGAUGUCAUUAGUAAUGAUGUGCAAUUGGGUAACACUAAACUUAAAGGCUUCACUCAAAUGCCUCGAAAUGAGACGGAUCUAGACAUGACAAUGACGACAAAUCAUGAAAUUGUUAACAAUGAUGCUGCAGAUGAUCUAAAAUCUGACAUUGGUGCAUAUGAGAUGGUGUUUGAUGUAUAUAUUAGUGGAAAUAUUGGAGUGAAAAUUGGAAGUUUGCAUAUGAUCAAUGUACCUUUUUUGUCAACUUGUGAACAAAUAAAAAAGAUGGAUGUGGAUUAUGGAAGAAAGCCUGAGUGUGAUAUCAAGAUGUUUUCUUUUAGGCCCACAACCAAUUGACGACAUCAAUGAUGAGAAGCAAAUUUUAAGACUGCGAUGUUUCAAAACUUCUUGUGUUGAUUGAUAUAAGUUAAUUAUUCAUAGGAUGUAACACUUAUACAAAAAGUAGUAAAGUGUUUAAUGGUCAUUAGAGAUAUGUACAUCAUUUAAGUAUUUCAAUUUUAGAUAAAGUUCCUUUGUAUUCUUCUGUGUGUACAUGUAUACGUCUUUUAAUUA